AUGGAUAAGCGAGCCGUGGAUAAUUUGAAUAAACAUGGUGAAGGUACCAGCAAAAAACCGCGGAUUGAUGCAGAUGUUGGGGAGCCAUUCCCUAUAAUUAUCAAGAAACCUUUAGAUGAGGGCUUGGCCGACUUGACCAAGUGUUUCAAGUCUACUGAUUUUGUUACGAGGUUCAAAGCUGUUUCCAAGUUAAAAAGGCUCUUUUCUAAUGGACAUAUAUUCCAUUACACUGAAGCACUUCAAAAUGGUGUAGUACCAUAUUUGGUCAAGUUUAUCACACGUGAUGAUCUAGGAGUUCAGCUGCUCUCUGCAUCUCUUAUUGCGGAUAUGACUUUGUUUCCAAAAGCGGUCGAUGUUUUGAUAGAUAAUGGUGCUGUGGAGCAGUUGUCAGUGCUUCUUAAUUCUUCUAAAGACUCUGUAAUGCAAGAGGAGAUAAUCCGCUCUUUGGGUAACAUGGCAUCAGUCUCCCAGGAAAGCUACAACAAGGUUACGAAAACGGCCUUAUGUUUGUUAGUGCAUAUUUAUGCGAAGAGUGAAUCAACCCCUGUUUCUGUUCUUAACAUGUUAGAAUGGACCCUUAGUAUCAUCAAGAGGGGGUUUGGUGCCGAUGAGAUAGAGAUAGAUGACCUAUCUAGCAUAUUGUCUUCGAUCAAAGAAAUGCUUUCCAAGGAGAAUGAGACAUAUAUCCUCUUUGCUUGCGAUAGUUUAUCAAUCAUUACAUGUCUGAGCAUCAUUGAUGUAUCAUUAAAAGCUCAAACUUCCAUUAAAAUGUUGAAUGCUAUACUGUUGGCUGGGGAGACGGAAGGACACGAACAUCCAUCUUCACAUCUUAAUCCAUUCUCCAAAAAUGUUAAAGAUUUUGUAAGGACUGAUUUGCGAGGCUUAGGGAAUGUGACAAAUAAUAAUGCAUAUUACAAAGUCAUUGAAAUUUUGGAAAAAAAUUAA